AUCAAAAGAGAGCGUCAACUUGGUUUGAAAACUUGUCAAUUGCGAAGUUACUAGUACCUGUUGAUUAUUGCCUUUUACCGAUGGAUAACGGUUUAUAAUGUGUUAGCUAUACUCUAAUAUACGAUAGUACAUUGCCACGAGGAGCCUUCAUGAACCCCACCAGGUUGCAGAGAGGUCCAACAUGAACCCGAUACCCAUAUCCAUCACGGGAACACUAUGCGAGCUCUGCCACCAAUUCAUAAGCGACAUCUUCUCCUUCAACUUCACCCGCCAAGACGCCUACCCAGCGCGCUGGCACCCAAUAGGCUCAGAAUGGACCCCCGAGAAACCCUGGGGCGACGCCUUUCACCACCAUGGGACGUUCGCAGCCCUCGUAGAAAGCGCUAAGACAUGCGAACUCUGCAAUGUCUUGCAUGCAGAUCUCUCACUCAUGGACCAAUCUCUGCAGCAAGGCUGGCUAGGCUUAUACCCAUUCUACUCAUCCGGCCGUAUUGGCGCGAACAAGUCGAAAGGCGUUUUCCGCGCCGGCUUCCGCGCCUCCCUGGAAAAAAUGCCUUGGGGGAGCAGCAAAAUCGGAAGUAUUCCACUACACAGCUUCAAAGUGUGCCGAAGAGUGCCGCUGGAAGAGGGUGAGCAAGUGCCAUGGUUGGAUACGUACAGACGACUACCCGCAGUCAAACCAACUCUAGCGUCGGAGGAUAUCGCAGGGAUGGUGGCGAAAUGGCAGCAAGAAUGCCGCGAAAGUCACGCAAACUGUGGUAAUAAUAUUCCCGACCAUGAACUUCCCACGCGGGUGAUCGACCUAGGAGAUAUAAGUAAAGGCGAAGCAGCGCAUAUCCGACUCUACGAAACCCACGGCGAAAAAGCGCCCUACGCAACCCUAAGCCACUGCUGGGGCGGCGCCAUCCCCAGCAUCACCCUAACCACGAACAAAGCCUCGCGGACGGACUCCUUACCCGUCUCCUCGCUACCCCAGAAUUUCAAAGACGCCAUCGAGGUCACCCGGGCCCUGGGGAUCCGCUACCUGUGGAUCGACGCGCUAUGCAUAAUCCAAGACUCGAAGCCGGACUGGCUCCGCGAGGCCGGAAGAAUGAGCGCCGUGUACGCGGGCGCCGCCGUCGUGCUCUCCGCGCUCGACGCGCCGGCCAGCACGACCGGCUUCCUAAAGCCUAAUAGACUACCCCUCGCUACCCUCAACGCCGCGUUCGGCAUCCAGAAAGUGCUGCCCGAGCUCAACGACUACCUGCAGACGUGUCCCCUAGUGAGCAGGGGGUGGUGCAUGCAAGAGCGGCUCCUGGCGCCGCGGCUGCUGCACUUCGGCCGCGAGCAGCUGUUCUGGGAGUGCCGGGCCUUGUUCCGGGCCGAGGACGGGCGCGACUUUACGGGCGAGAGCGAUGGACAUGUUAUGGCGGAGUUCUUGCGCAUACGCAAGCGCAUCGGCGGAGCGGCGGCGAGGGGCGAGGGGUUGCCCUGCGAUGCGUGGUACCAGCUCCUGCAGGAGUAUACGACGCGACGGUUCACGGUGGCGACGGAUAAGCUGCCCGCGCUUGCUGGGGCUGCGGGGCUGUUUGUGAAAGCUAAUGGGAAUGAGGGCGCGGGGCUAGGAGCGACGUAUGUUGCUGGUUUGUGGAAGGAGGAUUUGGCGAGGGGGUUGCUGUGGUGCGCGCACUAUGAUCAUAUGCCUGGGAGGAAGGUCUGGGGGAUCUCGUCUACGGAUCGGAUAUCUGCGCUUGCUAGACCGACUGAGAGACGCGCGCCGAGCUGGAGUUGGGCGGCGCUGGAUGGCCAUUUGGAUUUCUGGGCGCUGCGGAUAGGGGGGUUCGUUGUGGAAGUCCUGGACGUUAAGAUGAGCGUUGGCGAGAACGAACUUACGGAGGCUUUUCCGGAUGGGGUGGUUAAGCUUAGGGGUCAGGUUGCGCGGAUGUUUUAUCAUGCUCCGGAUGAUUCUAAAUACGAUGUUGGGACGUUGACUUUUGGGCGGGCUGAUUCUCUAAAGGAUACCUCAAGUGUGUUGAAUGGCUGCGUGAUGGAUUUGGACCGUCGAACGCCGCGAUUUUGUUGGGUAUUGGUAAUGGCACAAUCGAAUGACGAUUGGUUUUUGCUCGUCCUAGAUAAGGGCGAGGAUGGAUUGUAUAGGAGAAUAGGAAUGGUUACAGCGAAAAACGUGAAGGUUGAUUCGGCGAGAUUUCAAGUUCAGGAAUUUCAGAUCACUUAGGGGGAAUGGAGAAGAUAGAAAGAUAUCCAUCGGACUACUCAGGCGUCAUCGGUGGAAAGGCGAGUCGAAGGAUCAAAAUAAAAAUGCGAGGGACAUGAUUUCGAACCAUGCACCUCCGAGAUCAGAUCGCAGAUGCAUCACGAUGGACAGAUACAAGAAAAGGCAAAAAGAACAGCAUUAGGUAACCGUCCUCAGGGCCCAGACCCAGGUGUUUGGCCCCUGAGCUUCUGCGCCUCCCUUUGUCGG